AUAUCAUGUGAAUGGAAAGUUGAAUAUGAAUUAUGAGCCUUCCAUUUUGAAUUGCUGAGGAUUGCAUUCCAAUAAAAGGAAGGAAAUUGGCAAAAAACAGCUUAUAGAUUUCUUCGCAUCUGAGCUGUUAUCUCAGGGAAUAAUACGUCCUUCUCUUAUCGAACCAAAACUGUGAAAUUGGGAGAUAAGAGUAAUCUGUUCAUCUGCAAUUAAGAAGAAGACCUCACUUAUGGAGUUUUAUCCUGGCUGCUCCAAUGGCAGCUAACAGUUGGCGAUAUUAUGCAUUGAUAUCCCUAGGGAUUCAAUUCAUUCUUCUGUGUGUAUCAUACCAUAGGCUUCCUUACAGCCAAUAUUUCUUGGGCAGUGACGCAUGGGCUCUUGAGCAAGUCCAAAAACAAUUUACCAUUAGUUUACAAGAACACGAUCAUCAAAGAGUCGUUAUUUCAAAUUGGAAGACGUAUAGCUCUGAUGUAAACCACGCCAAAUUAUCCAUUGGAGUCAUUACGGUGAAGAGAAAGUCGAAAAAUUAUUUUUGGACAUCAGUUGUGGCAUUAUUGGAGGACUGGUACAAUUUCUAUCUGAAGCACAAGAAGAUUGAGAUGCAUGUCUUAAUUUGCAAUUGCAACUCAGAUCCAGAAAAAGAGAAGAUUAACGAAAAUCUUGCACCUUCAGUGACAACCUUUGACGUUUACGCUCAACCUCGUCUCAAACCGCCCCCGAUGAAUGUCAAAGAAAAGGAAACAUAUGAUUACGUCGCUUGUCUAUCAAAACUUGCCGAUUCUUCGUCAGGUUCCCAAUACAUAAUUUUGAUGGAAGAUGACAUGUGGAUCAAGCCAACUUUUCUCGAGCAUAUUGAAAGGCUCUUGAAUUUCUACUCUGCCUAUCCUGAUCCGAAAUGGGCAUUUACCAAACUGUUUUACCCGGACCAACACAAGGGAUUCGAAUUGACUUUCUGGUCCGUAUUGGAGCUUGUGACUUCCUCGGUGAUCAUUGGAGCAAUAUCGGCUGUUCUUUGGCGAGCUGUUACAGGAACAAGACGUCGUCAUUUACCAUUCUCGAAAUUGACUCCUCUUCACAUAUUCAACGUUUUGCUCAUUCUCGUCAUGUUGAAUCGACAACACACUUUAAUCCCACUUUAUCACGUGGUGCAUCCAUUCAAGCAUGAUAUACCCCACGGGAGCUCUUCUGGUGCAAUUUUAUGGUCUAAGAAGCACGCCAAUAACAUGUACGACUACGUGAUGGCUAUGCCGAAUAUGAACAAAGAGAUUGAUUUCAUCUUGAAUGAUUUUGUCCGGGAUAAUAAUCUUUCUGCCUACUCUCUGGAGUAUAAUGUGUUUGACCAUAUCGGUUAUGAAUCGUCAAUUUCCAACAACAAGAGAGGAGCCAAACAUUUCCUUCGAUAUUAAGGUCUCUUUACAUUUCGAAGGUUUCGGUGGAAAGAUCUCAAGGCUCCGUUGAGAUUGGAUGAACUUGAAUGAAACAGGUGCUAGAGAUAUCAAUAACAAAUGCCAACAAUCUA